AGCACGAGCAAAAAUGGUGGAGCUUCCAAAGCUACUUCAAGAAGCUGCACAAGAAGCUGACAUAGCUAAAACCGAUGCUCAAUCAGCACGUGACGAUCUAAGAAAAGCCAAGGAAGAGUUGGAGCAAAUCAAAAUAACAACAAGCACAACAGAAAUAAGAUUGAAUGCAGCUCUCAAAGAGACUGAGGCAGCGAAAGCAUCGGAGAGGCUGGCUCUUCAAACGAUAAAAGCUUUGCAUGAGAGCGAGGGGGAGGAGUUGAGUGAUGGAGUAACACUUCCAUUGGAGGAGUAUUACAGUCUUAGCAAGAGAGCUCAUGAGGCCGAGGAGCUCGCAAAUGAGAGGGUUACUGAUGCAAUUUCACAAAUUAAUGUGGCAAAGGAGUCGGAGUUGAAAACUGUACAAAAGCUAGAGGAGGCUUAAUGGAGAUGAAUCAGGAGAA